GAGCGAGGGAAGGAGGACACAGAGAGAGAGAGAGAGAGAGGGAGGGAGGACAGAGAGAGUAACAAGAAAUUCAUAGCAAUUAAUAAUAAAAAGUUUUGGCAGUCGUGCUUGGAAAACUGGCAUGGUUUUUGGAGGCUGGCAGUUCAAAGUUGAAACGUCAGAAAUUACUCCAAAAGACUGCUGAGAUGAUCAUUAAGGGAGACUUAGAUCGUAUGGCAGAAGAGAUCGGGCAUCCAGAUAUCUGCUGUUUUAGGUGGCGGUCUGACGACGAUGCUCCAUGCCAUGGAAGUCCCAAGUCAUGCUAGACACCUCCUCCUGCAACUCAACACCCAGCGCACCAAGGGCUUCCUGUGUGAUGUCAUCAUCGUGGUGCAGAACGCGUUGUUCCGAGCCCAUAAGAAUAUUCUGGCCGCCAGCAGCCUCUACCUGAAGUCCCUGGUCGUCCAUGACAACCUCAUCAACCUAGACCACGAGAUGGUGAGUCCCGGGGUGUUCCGGGUCAUUCUAGACUACAUCUACACGGGCCGUCUGACGGAGGGAGACCCCAGCUCCCCAACAGAGCCCAACCUGGGGGCCGUGCUGGCUGCAGCUAGCUAUCUGCAGCUGCUGGACUUAGUGGCACUGUGUAAAAAGAAGAUGAGGAGAAAUGGGAAGUACCCUCUCCGCCCCACUCCUGCCUUCCUGCCCUAUGGGAAGAUGGGCCCCAAUAGUUUGGGUUUAGGGGGAGGGGGCAGGUAUCGGGUGUCCACCCCUGUUAUUCAGUCCUGCUACCCAGGGGGAGUUGUGAACACCCACACGCCCCGCGCCCCACCACUAGAGGAGCUGCCACCCCACCCCCAUGCCACCCAUGCAGGGGAGUUGUAUGCCCCCACCUCCUCUCAGGGCCCUCAGGUGUUCCCCUCCACACCCUCAGCCCUGCCUGCCCAGCCCAGCCUGCGCCCAGCUCACUCUGACAGGAACUGCUCCCCCAUCUAUGGCCUGGACCUCUCCAAGAAGAGCCCCAACUCCCAGUCCCAGAACACUCCCUCACACCCCCACCUGGCCCACGCCCUGCCCCACCACGAUGAGGAGCGGGAGGGGGGGCUGAGCGGCCGCACCAGCCCAAUGCCGGGGAACAAUGGCGGGGCCUACCCCACAGAGAAGAUGGAGACAGCUGAUCAGGCUGGGUCUCUCCCACCUCAUUCUUACCCCCACCUUAAUAAGCCCCUGGGGCCCCACCUCCACCGCUCCAGCUCCCAAGGUCCAGACCACUACCCCUGCCCCCUCAGCCCCGACACCCCCACAGAGGCUGGAGAGCCCAGCAGGGAGGUGGGCAACAUCUACCGCUGGGUGAAGCAUGAGCCACUGUCAUACACAGCUGAGGAUGAAGAGGAUGACGAGGAUGAGGAGGAACGGGGUGGAAACGGAGACCAAAACCACCAGCAUCACAACCACCAUCACAAAGCAGGGGAGGAGAGCGAUGAUCGCUACCGUAGGGUGGGCUGUGAUGGGGAGGAGGAGAAGAGUGGCUCAGGCAGUGAGGGGACAGGCAGUAGUGAGGGUCGACCAUCACCCACAGGGGCCAUGGGGAGGUUCCACCUACCCUACGAGCCUGAGAGCUUUGGGGACAACCUGUACGUGUGCAUCCCCUGUGACAAGGGCUUCCCCAGCUCUGAGCAGCUCAACGCCCACGUGGAGACCCACACAGAAGAGGAGCUGUACUCUGGAGGGGAGAUGGGCAGCAGCAACCCCAAAAACAACAGUAGCAACAGCAAUGGUAACGGCAGCCUGAACAGCCUGGAGGGGAAGUCCAGCCACAGCCUGACGCCUGGGGUCCUGGGGGAGAUCAUCAGACCCUAUCGCUGUAACUCCUGUGAGAAGUCCUACAAGGACCCGGCCACGCUGCGCCAGCACGAGAAGACCCACUGGCUCACAAGGCCCUACCCCUGCAGCAUCUGUGGCAAGAAGUUUACCCAGCGCGGCACCAUGACCCGCCACAUGCGCAGCCACCUGGGACUCAAGCCCUUUGCAUGCGACCACUGCGGCAUGCGCUUCACCCGCCAGUACCGCCUCACAGAGCACAUGCGCAUCCACUCCGGGGAGAAGCCCUAUGAGUGUCAGGUGUGCGGGGGCAAGUUCGCCCAGCAGCGCAACCUCAUCAGCCACAUGAAGAUGCACAGCAGUGGGGGGGGCGGAGGGGCUCUGACGGCCGACGGAAAGCUGAAGCUGGACUUUUCGGAGGGGAUCUACCCCCUGAGUAAAUACGCAGCAGAGCACCUGGGGCUGAAGCAGGAGAAGGCGUCUGAGCUGCUGGCAGAGCAUGCCAUGGAGAGCCUGUUCCCGUUGUCCAAACUGGCAGCCGAACACCUGCGCCUCAGCCACCAUGACAAGAUGGAUGUCCUGGGGGUCCAGGCCCUUCCCCCUCCCCCAGGGUCCCUCUCUGACUUUCACUCUCGUACCAUUGAACGCUACUCCCCCAGCUAAAACCCUCUGACCAGUCACCCCCAGCAAGGCCUUGGCUACCACACAAUCCUGUGGGCACACAACUUAACUUACAGUAUUCUAAUGUCAUUCACCUCAACUCCAUCAGUAUCUGCACCUCAGACUAAGGCCAAUACUUGGCCUAAAGAAUGCCCACAAACUGUGUAGACUCUUAUAAGUGCCUUUCUUUCCUAAGUUUGCAUUAUAUGCAUUUUAAAGACCUUCCUAGAAUGAGAAACGUGCUAUUUCUAUUAUAUUUUGUCCAAGGAAUACCCACUCAAAACAGUGUAGUAUUUAUGUAUACGCAAACCACCGAUCCAAAAACAAAUUGAGAACCAAAGAUCAAUUUUUCUUUGUUUUUUGUACAUAAUGAAAAACCAAAGAAACUGUUGCCAGAAAGUGUUGUAAUCUGACCCUACACCUGUGUACUAAAUGUAUUUUUGUACUACUACUAUUGUAAUUGUACAUAAAAUGGGAAAAAGCACAUAUGGACAAGAUUCAGGGCUCCUGUCCAGAACUGAAAGGACUGUUGGACAAAAGAAAAAGCCAAAGCUUUGGGAUUUGCAAUUGAUUGGAACACUUUUUCUUAAUUUUGUUUUUUGGGGUACUGGAUUUUUCUCUCUAUCUCCCUAUCCAGUUUUACGCCAUGCUUCAGCUGUUCUAGUCACGAGGGAGGGACUAACUGAAAACAGCAUUCGCUCCACCAUUUAGGUAAAGUUAUCUGUGCUUUGUUUUUCUACCGUUGUUAUGUACUCUGAUCAUGAUGUUGUGUACAGAGAGACUGAUAUUAAGUGACAGUAAUAGUAGCUUAAUGACUUGUACACUCAGUGCCAUAACCCUUUGAACCCAUAACCUCUCUUUAUUCGUAUUUUUCCAAUCAUAUUUUGACUUGCAUCCAGGUGCCUUCAAAUUGUUAUUGAGAAAGUAGCGAGUAGCACAACCCUGUGAUCUCACCCAACUGAUGACACGCCAAUCCUUCUCCAUGGCUUCAACAUCCAGUGAUGUGGAGUGUAGACUAAGAAUGGGUGUUGCCUGUGACGUUGUGUAAUAUACUGAACAAAGAUAUAAACGCAACAUGCACCAAUUUCAAAGAUUUUACUGAGUUAUAGUUCAUGCAAGGAAAUCAGUUACUUGAAAUAAAUUCAU